AUGAUGUGUGAGAGCGAUAACGAAAGUGAGAACAAUUCGUCGGCUCACAUUUCUAUUUUUGAGCAACGCGCAUACAUUAAAAUCGAAACGAUUCGUGGUAAAACAGUGCCUGAAAUUCAUGCCAUGUUAAAUGAAGUGUGUGGAACGGAUACUGUGGAUCGUAGUACGGUGCAAAGAUGGCAUCAGCGAUUCCGUGAUGGUCGUAUAAGUAUUGAUAACAACCCUCGCUCUGGCCGACCCUCUACGGUUACUCAAGACAACACUAACGCGGCUAUUCUCGCAACUCUACUCGAUGAAGACCGACGAAUAACGGUGAGAGAGAUAGAGAAUGAAACAGGUAUUUCAAAAUCAAGUGUUCACCGCAUUUUAACGGAAAUUCUACAGAAACGAAAGAUUGCAGCACGUUGGGUGCCGCAUUUUCUGUCACCGGAACAGAAGGAUACACGCAAAGACAUCUGCGGUGAACUCCUUUCUCGCUACGAAAAUGAAAAAGAAACGUUUCUUGAUCGUAUAAUUGCAAUAGAUGAGACUUGGAUCCGUGNGUACGGUGCAAAGAUGGCAUCAGCGAUUCCGUGA